AUGCGUUUGUUCUAUAAGUUACUCGAAGAUGAAGAGGAUGAUUACGUACCUUACGUUCCCAUUAAGCAAAGACGCCUAGAAAAACUACAUAAAUAUGCAACUCAACGACGAAUGACACACGAUUUACGAGAUCGAUCAAGCAAUGAUGAAGGAUCAGAAGAAGACGAAGCUGUGCAAGCAGGACCGAGGGCCAAUAUCAGUUUACUUGAUCAAACAGUUCAACAGAGAAAGCAGAUUCCUGAAAAAACAGAGGAAGAAAAGAGACUAGAGGAGGAAAGGAGGAUUGAAGAGGCUCAGGCGCGCCAUAAAGCAUUGGUUUCUGUACAAGAAUCAGCCCAUGGAUUGAUAUACACAGACCCCAUUAAGACGUCUUGGUCACCACCAAAGUGUAUUUUACAACAAGGAGAAGAAUUUCACCAAGCUAUACGUGAAAGAUAUCAUAUUUUAGUGGAGGGAGAAGAUCCUGUGCCACCCAUUCGAUAUUUUGAAGAUAUGAAGCUGCCAUCAGUUAUUUUAGAUUAUUUGAAGGAUAAAAAGAUUCUAAAGCCAUCCCCCAUCCAAAUUCAAGGCUUACCCGUAGCAUUGACGGGCCGUGAUAUGAUUGGUAUCGCAUUCACGGGUUCAGGCAAAACAUUGACUUUCUCACUUCCUCUCGUUUUGUUUGCUUUGGAAGCCGAAGUGCGAUUGCCACUAGUUCAAGGGGAAGGCCCUAUCGGCAUGAUCCUCUGUCCUUCCCGUGAAUUAGCGCGUCAAACGUACGACGGUCUCAACGCGAUGUCAGAAGCCCUCUCAAAAUCCGGAAAAUACCCUGAACUGCGUUCUCUUUUAUGUAUCGGUGGCAUCGACAUGCGUGAUCAACAAGACGUGCUUUAUCGCGGGUUCCAUAUGGUGGUCGCUACCCCUGGUCGUUUAAUGGACAUGCUUAACAAAAAGAAAUUCAACCUAGACAAUUGUAAAUACCUAUGCAUGGACGAAGCAGAUCGUAUGAUUGAUAUGGGUUUUGAGGAUGAUGUGCGAACCAUCAUGUCUUUCUUUAAAAGUCAACGUCAAACGCUUUUGUUUUCAGCUACUAUGCCCAAGAAGAUCCAAGAGUUUGCGUUGUCUGCACUUGUUAAACCGAUGGUGGUGAAUGUCGGUCGUGCAGGUGCGGCUAAUUUGGAUGUCAUACAGGAAGUCGAGUAUGUGAAACAAGAGGCAAGAAUGGUUUACUUAUUAGAAUGCUUACAAAAGACACCACCACCCGUACUUAUUUUUGCUGAAAAUAAAAAUGAUGUGGAUGAUAUACAUGAAUAUUUAUUGUUGAAGGGUGUAGAAGCAGUGGCCAUUCAUGGCAGCAAAACUCAAGAAGAACGUGAAUAUGCUAUCAACUCCUUUAAAAGUUACAAGAAGGAUGUACUUGUGGCUACAGAUGUGGCUUCCAAAGGUCUAGAUUUUCCAGAAAUCAAACAUGUUAUCAAUUUCGAUAUGCCCAAGGAGAUCGAAGAUUAUGUACAUAGAAUUGGUCGUACAGGUCGUAGUGGUAAAACUGGUAUUGCAACGACUUUUAUCAAUCAACAAUGCUCUGAACAGAUUCGACUUGAUUUGAAGCAUUUACUAAGAGAAGCCAAACAAAAAAUCCCGCCGUUUUUGGCAGCUAUGGAAGAUCCUAUGGAGAAAUAUGGAGGGCAAUUGCUCUCUGGUGGUUGUUCCUUCUGCGGCGGUCUGGGUCAUCGUAUUAAUGAUUGUCCAAAAUUAGAACAGCAAAGAAGACAGCAAAUGAACACUAUGAUGAGCAGAAGCCGGGGUGAUGGAGGAGGCUUUUAA